AUGAGUUUUUGGGAGCAAUUGCAGGUGGCAUCUGCCCCUAUCAUUCAAGUCCUUCUUAUAAGUGCAGUGGGAGCUUUUAUGGCUACUGACCGUGGUGAUAAUCUUCUUUCAGCUGACUUUCGAAAAUCCUUGAACAAGAUUGUGUUCUUUGCAUUCACUCCUUCACUUAUAUUUGCGAGUUUUGCAAAGAGUGUUUCUCUUGAUGAUAUGAUAUCAUGGUGGUUUAUGCCGGUUAACAUUGGACUCACCUUCUUGAUCGGAGGGAUUCUUGGAUGGCUAAUUGUUAAGCUACUAAAGCCAAACUUGAAAGUGGAAGGUCUUAUUAUUGCUUCAUGUUCAACAGGAAAUAUGGGGAACCUUCCAGUAGUAAUCAUCCCUGCAAUCUGUAAUCAGAGAGUGACACCAUUUGGUACACACGAUGAAUGUCGCGCUAGAGCACUCUCUUACUCUUUCUUCUCUUUAGCGCUUGGUGGUGUUUAUGUAUGGACCUUCACUUACCAACUGAUUCGACAAAGUUCACUGAAAUAUAAGGCGUUUGUGGCUGAUGAACUCUUGAAGGUCGCCAACACAGACCUUGAUGCUAAUGUCAAAACAGAACUUCUCAAGGGAAAUGUUAGUGUUGGAGACGCUGAGAACCAAAUACUUGUAGACAAAGCUCUGACCACUGUGCCAAAGCCUAAAUCUUUUAUGUAUAAAAUGAUGGAAGGUUCAAGCCAAACUUUGAAAGAAGUAAUGUCACCUCCAACAAUUGCUACUUUUUUAGGCUUCCUCUUUGGCGGAGUUAAAUGGCUAAGGAGCCUAAUAAUUGGACAAGACGCUCCGCUGAAAGUGAUCCAAGACUCCAUUCAGUUGCUAGGGGAUGGUACAAUUCCUUGCAUCACAAUUUUACUUGGUGGAAACCUUGUACAAGGCAUGAGUUCAAAAAGUAUCAAACCAUCUGUCCUCAUUAGUAUCAUCAUUGCAAGAUUUUUCUUUCUACCUGUUAUUGGACUUUUUAUUGUUAAAACAGCUGCAAAAUUAGGGUUCCUCCCACUGGAUCCUUUGUUUCAAUAUGUCUUAGUAAUACAGUAUGCCCUACCACCAGCAAUGAAUAUUAGUACGAUGGCUCAGCUGUUUGAAGUAGGCACAGAAGAGUUUUCAGUUAUACUAUUGUGGACAUAUGGUGCUGCAGCUAUAGCACUCACUCUUUGGUCAACAUUUCUCCUAUGGUCAUUAUCUUAA